UUCUGUAUUUGCUUGCAAAUAACACCUUUCUAGUAUCUCUGUCAGUUUGGUUUCAUUCUUUAUUGUUAUUUAUACCUGUACUCAGUACUGUAGUUUGUAAGAGCAGGAACGCAAAACUUUGUUAUGCCCUACUUCUCGGGCCGAAUGACGUUUGCCAUUUCGUAUUCAUUUUUAAUCUUUGUAGCUUCGAGAUGACUUUUGGUAGAUGCCGUCUUUGUAAUUGUACUUUACAUGCUCUCAGUUUGGGCAUAAACACGCCAAAAAAUAUUUAUUACCAAAACUUCACUGGGCAUUCUAAGACCUACCAAGUCUUUGAUAUUUUGUGUACAUUUUUAGUCCGAGAUGACAUGCUCCGUUGUUGUUAUUUUAUCAUUUGGAAGUUUUUUUAAAAACAUCUUUCAUGUCAAAUCUCAUCAUAUUCAUAUCUCAAGAUCAACCCAUAAAUCAAAUAUUUGAUAUAUCUUGAUACAGUCCAUCCAAACCUUCGAAAGUUACUAGUAUGCUAGACUGAAGAAACUACCCUACAAGAUCAACAAAUAAAUGCUGUACACGCACAAACAUGCAUAUACACGCAUUCAUACACACAAGGACGUUCUAUCACCUUGAUACACACAAACAUACGCACAUGCAUACAUACAAACAGUAACACUACCGACUACCACAUUAAUGGUAGGUAAUAAAACAAAUAAUACAACAAAAAACAGCGUUAUUUUAGAGUAAAGUAAAACCAGGCAGCAUAAUCUUCAAUUGGUUGAAGGCGGCUGCCUUAAUCGAAAGAAGAAGAAAAAUACAGUUAUGUUGUUAAACUGUACGGGGUAAUCAGGUAAAUCAACUUUGACCUUCGACCUCAAAAGCUCAAAGGUCAGUUUCCAGGCCGCCAUUUUGAUUCAUCGAAUGAUCACGGGCAAGAUUCCUUUGUUUCCAGUUUGGCCAUUUAUAAGGCAAUUCUACACAUUCACAGUUAAUCUGCACCAUAGACCGGUAGAAAUGGACGAAAGAAACUGCGAGGUUGCUAUGGACGGCCACCAAGCUGUGUAUACUAGAGACGAAACCAGCAGCAGCGAGAAAUUAGAAACGGCAAGGCAGCAGAACAAGGAAGGGGACAUGGAAACGUGCGGAGUAGAAUCUGACCAUCCUCCCGCACAUGGCCAUAUAGGGCAAGCGGACACUCUUCCGGUGAAACGUACUGUGGAUAAACGCUUUGUGUGUGCGGAAUGUGACUAUAGAGCAAUCUCAAAGUCCGUGCUGUCAAAACACACAAGAACACAUACUGGUGAGAAACCCUUUAAAUGUGACCAGUGUGACUAUGCUGCUGCACAGAAAGAACAUUUAAAGAGACACAUGACUAAACACACAGGAGACAAGCCUUUCAUGUGUGGGGAGUGCGGAUACAGGACGACUUGCGUGUCUUACUUACCCAUACAUAUGAGAAAACAUACAGGUGAGAAACCCUUUAGGUGUGAUCACUGCGACUAUUCUGCUGCACAGAAAAGCAACUUAGACCAACACAUGGUUCGACACACCGGACUUACCAAGGGCAAACCCUGCUCAACUGCGCAGAAAGGUACUUUAGAUCGACACAUGACUGAAGACGACGGAGAGAAACCCUUCAAGUGUGGGGAGUGCGGAUACAGAACUGUUCGCAAGUCUUCCUUAGUCACACAUAUGAAACGACAUGCAGGUGUGAAACCUUAUAAAUGUGACCAGUGCGACUAUUCUGCUCUAGAGAAACACAGAUUAGACCAACACAUGUCUAGACACACCGGCGAAAAACCCUACAUGUGUGGGGAGUGCGGAUACAGGACGGCUUACCAGAGUGACUUAAACAUACAUAUGAGAACACAUACAGGUGUGAAACCAUAUAAGUGUGAUCAGUGCGACUAUGCUGCUGCACGGAAAAAAUAUUUAGACCGACACAAGGCUAAACACACCGGAGAAAAACCCUACAUGUGUGGGGAGUGCGGAUACAGGGCGGCUGACAAAACUGCCUUAACCUUACACAUGAGAAAGCAUACAGGUGCGAAAUCCUAUAAAUGCGACCUGUGUGACUAUUCUGCUACACAGAAAGGCGAUUUAGACAAACACAUGGCUAUACACACCGGUGAAAAACCCUACAUGUGUGGGGAGUGCGGAUACAGAACUGCUCGCAAGUCUUCCCUAUCUCGACAUGUGAUCAAACAUACAGGUGUGAAACCUUACAAGUGUGACCAAUGCGACUAUGUCACAGAGAAAAGGUAUUUAAAGAAACACAUGAUCACGCACGCUCCUUAAACAGUUCACAGUUGCAGACACUGGACGGUUGAACAACAGUUGGCUCCAUGAACAAGUAAGUUAGGCCUGGUCAAACAAACCGCUGAGAAACCCUACAUGUGAGUGGAGCGCGGGUUCACAGGGAAAGACCUUACAUUUAGCGGCAGCUACAGACUAAGCCUUCUAUCGUGUAUUUUAAAUCGUUGUGGUUAUGCUCUCAAGUUUCAGUUUUGCAAGUUUCUUCAACGUUCAGAUCCUACCUAGACAUACAGUUCAUGUUUUUUGCAUGUCACAGUCUGACGGCAACACAUGUUCACAGUAAACGGCAUAAUACAUAUAAGAGAUACUGAUAUUCUAGGUCAUAAUGCUACCUCAACUUGAUGAAUUUUGAUAUAACACUGCAGUCAUUGACUUGGUGCUGAUGUUUCAUACAUCAUAUCAAACGUUCUUUUUUUAGUAGAUUAUCUUCAUUCCUUGUAUUCUUAUUAUUAGCGGUAGCAUGACUAGUACUAGUGUUACAUGUAAUAUAUUAUGAUGAAAUACAUGAUAUCAAUUUACAUGAUUUGCAGUUACAACAUAUGUCAUAUGAAAAAGUAAAAUCAACUGUUUGUUCUA